AUUCGUAUACAGCGCCAUCAACGCGUGAUAAGAUGAAUCGCGAGAAGCGGUUGCGAGGGCUGUAACUCACAUUUACGUGUGGAAAUUUAAUUAACACUACGUUACAGUAUCUCUUUGGGGUUGCAAUAUAGAUCCCAAGCAGAUUUUUGAAGUCGGCUGUAAAGCCGAUUAUCACGAAACACGAAAGUGCUACGAAAUUAAGAUUAAAAAUCGAUUUCGAGGUUUCUAGAAGAAAAGACUACCAUAGAGGCGGACAAUCUGCCACACUUUGCGGGGUGACGCGGGGAUAUUUUCAGAUAAUCAAUUUCUUUUAGAGAUAUUUCAUCAAACAUGGCUGCGCUACCAAGGAGGAUUAUCAAAGAAACACAAAGAUUAAUGCAAGAACCAGUUCCUGGUAUCAGUGCUGUACCAGAUGAUACAAAUGCUAGGUAUUUUCAUGUAAUUGUAACUGGACCUGAAGAUUCACCAUUUGAAGGUGGACUUUUUAAACUUGAAUUGUUCCUACCAGAAGACUAUCCAAUGUCUGCUCCUAAAGUUAGAUUCAUUACAAAAAUUUAUCAUCCAAAUAUAGACAGAUUGGGCAGGAUUUGCUUGGAUAUCCUUAAAGACAAGUGGAGUCCUGCUCUUCAAAUCAGAACAGUUUUACUGUCAAUACAAGCACUUUUAAGUGCACCAAAUCCAGAUGAUCCUUUGGCAAAUGAUGUAGCUGAACUUUGGAAAGUAAAUGAAAGCGAAGCAAUACGUAAUGCCAAAGAAUGGACUCGGAGAUAUGCUAUGGACAACUGAUCUUAGAUCAUCCAUGAUGCAAAGUGAUGUUACCCCUUUCUUUCCGAGUUUACCGAUCACUUUACUCGCACCAGCUGCGUACCCUGCACCUGUGUCCACAAUUUUGCUAUAAAAAUAAUAAAAGUUUUGUAAGAGUAAACAGAAUGAAACUGUAUUUUCUAUAUUGCGGGGAAUACAAAGAUGUCGUGUUUAGAUUUCUUCAACGGUUUGUGAAGCAAAUUUGUCAAGAAUCUUCUAACAUUGAACAACAUCAAUUGUAAGAAGAUUCCUAUUUCAAAAGAAAAAGGUAUAAUUUUAAUGAAUUACUAGUUUUUACUUAAAAAUAUACCUUUGUAGUAAAAAUAAGUGAAUGUAGUAUGUUGCGUCAACAUUUUUUUUAAAUAUUAUUACAGAAUGGCUUGUGCAAUCAGUAAUUUAUAGCCUUUAUUUUGGUACCUUUAAUGUAUCCCUGAAAAAAAGCAGUUCUAGAUCGCUCAUUAUAUUAUACUAAUAUUACAUUUUUCUGUACUUUACGGAAUAUUUCCGAAUUGGUAAUACAAGGUGGAAAUGAAUCUAUAUGAAAAAAUAAAUUGAAAAUACGAAAUAAAAUUUUUUGUACGGAGCUUUAUUUUCAAAUAAAUUGAUAUUAAAAAUUUGUGUAAAAAUAACUUAUGUCUAAAAGAUAUAUCGAUUAAAAUUUUAUUAUCGUAUUCUUUUUGUUAUUUGAAUUUAUUAAAUUAAAUAAUUAAAAAAAAAACAUUGAAAUACAAUUAUUUUUUAAUCAAAAAAUUUUUUAUGAAUAUAAAAAUUUUCAUUUUUUUGUUAAUAUAUAUUAAGCUUUCAUAUACGUUAAAUUGUUGAUAUUUUUACCAUGCAGCAUCUUCAUUUAUAAUAUACUCAAAUAUAAAUGAAUUCGACAUAUGAUUUUAUUUAUCUUUAAAUUUAAAUAUUUUCAGUGUAAGCUCUGUAUAAAAAAUGUUAUUUUAAAUUUCCGAAUUAUUUUUUCAUUUCGAUUUAUCCUCUUUUAAUUUGUAUUAUCAUAUAUAAUAUAUCGGAAAUACUCUGUAUUAUGUCUACUAACUGGUUGUCUGAUAAUCUUAAUGUAUUUAUCAUUUCCGCGAGUGUACGACGUUGGAUGAAAGAUAUUAUGAUAUUGAAUUAGAGAUCGACAUGGCAUUUAUUUAUGUAUUAACUACGAAUUAACUUCAUAUAUGUAUAUAUAUAUUAUAUAAUAUAAUAUACAUAUAUGUAUAAGCGUACAAACAUAUUGAAGUUAUCCAUGAAUGCGAAGUUCCAUUUUUUGAAGUAUAUAACUAUAACUAUUGUAAUAAUUAUCUAUUGCAGAUUUUUAUUUAUCAGUAUAAUGUAAGACAAAAUGUUUUGAAUAUUCAUAAAAACUUCUCAUGAUUUGACCUGAAAAUUCUUAAUUGACAAGAUAUUUUGAUAUUCACAUUUCGAUUUAUAUUAUUAUUAUUCAAAGCGAAAAUAUAAUUUCGAAUAAAAGUUGAAUGAUUUCGAGGUAUGAUUGAUGAUUAUUAAUUUUUUUGCAAAUAGAUAUAUAAUCUGUAAAAGUUAAUUUUCUCUUUUAAAUGGAAUAUUAUGCUUUUUGUUGCAUUAAUAAAUGCAACUCAAUAUAAAAUUUAAUAUAAUAAAUUAUUAAAUCUCUUAUAGUAAAAAAAGAUUAUUAGUUUUGAAAAUAUUUUAUUUUAAAAUUUAUCAUAGUAUAAAUAUAAAUUUAUUUAAAAAGUAAAACUAUUAAUUAAUUUUAUAUUUUAAAAAAUUAAAGAUAACUUAUAAUAAUAAUUUUGUCAUAAUACUCUUUUAUAGAGAAUAUCAAAAAUUAAAAAAUAUAUGAUUUUUGAUGAUGAUUUAGAAAUUGUUUUUUAUGUGUUCAUCUACAACAAAAUUAUCAUACAUGCUUCUCAAAAUCACCUAACUUUUAUAUAAAACAUUUCUCGUUACGAAUAAUAAUAAUGACGUAAAUCAAAAUAAUAAUAUCAAAUAAGAUAUCCUAUUAUAAAAAGAUAUCCUUAUAUAAAAAUCAUCUUUCCUAUGAUUAUGUUAAUCUAUAUUUUUACUGUGUAAAUAUACAUACGUAUAUAUAAUUAAAUGAGUGAAAAUUUUUAGAUAGUUUUUUCACUUUUUUUUUUAAAUUCUUGGAGAUAUAACAAGAUAUAACAUAUAUAAAAAUAAGAUAUAACAAGAAUAGAGACUCAAAAUGAAUUGUCUUAUUUUGCGCAAUUUAUAUUUAACAAAUUGAAAAUAAUUUAAAAAAAUUAAUAAUAUGAAAUUAAAUACUUUUGAUAAUAUACAAAAUUUUUGUUUGAAUACAAAAUGUUUAAAAUUGCGAACAAAUAGAAGUGCCCAUUCUUACCUAGUGUAUAUUUUGUAAAGAUAUUCUAAUCAUACUAAUGUAAUUAGAAGGUAUAAUUUUAGUUACAAUUAUACCAUUACAUUGGAAAUGAAAUAGGCUAUUUGCUUUCAACAAAUGCUUAAUUGUUGUUAAGCUUUGCUACAUUUCAUAAUUUUUUGCUUAGAAGAAGUAUAAAAAACUGGAAAAUACCAGUAAAAAUCUUUUGUAAAAAUCUGCGCAAUAUUUUUGAUGAUAUUUAAAUAUAAAUAUAAUGAAGAGAGAUAGUAACAUGAAAAAAAAUUAAAAUUUCUUGUUGCUGAUUAAUUGAAGUAAUCCAUUAUAUUUAAUCCAGUUUUUCUUAUAUUUAUAAAUAUGAUUAAUAUCAUUUUAGAUAAUAUACUUGACAGAUUUUUUUCACUCAUUCAAUGAAUGAGGAUUAUAAAAUUUUAAUUUGAGAGUCAUUUUUUGAAUGAAAUGAAUGAAGACUAAUAAAUAGUUUCUUUUUUUUUUAUUAUAUAAAAAAUAAAUGGUAACUCAAAUUAUUAUUUUAAUGAAUAAUGAAAUAAUUAAAUUUUUAAUGUAUAUUAAACUUUUUUUAAUAUUUAUUUCUUCUAUAAAAAAUUCAAUAAUUAAAUAAAAGUAAAUUUAAUAUUUCAUAGUAAAGAUAAAAAUACAUUUUUUUUGAUAUAUUAAUUCAGAAAGAUAGAUCAUAAUUUCAUUAAUUAGGAUUUUAUUUUAAUAUUUAAUAAUCAAUUUUUUGAUUUUAUUUUUAAAAACUCUUGCUGUAAUUGAUUAUUAUUUUAUUUUAGGAUGUAUAAAUACAAUAUUUUUCAAUGUUUUUAAAUUGUUUAAAUAAUAGCAUUUCUUUUAAAUAAUUAAUAGAAAGAUAAAUUCUAUUAUAUUAUCACUAUUCCGUUAUACUUCUUCAUAUUGCAAAUGUUUUAGUUAUAGUCGUUUUAUUAAGUAAAAAAAAAGAAAAUUUAAUAAAUAAAAUAAAAUAAGAAACGAAAUGGACAUUCAAAAUUUAUUCAUAUUCGUAUUCCUAUGAACAUUCAAUUUGAUCACAUUAAAUAAUUUAAUAAUUAAUAAUUUCAAUAGAUUAUUUACUUUUUUAAUGAAAAAUAUUAAUAAAACAGCAUAUAGCAUGCAAUUAAAUAUAUUUAUUUAAAAAAAAAUGUAUAAAUAAUAUUACGAAAAAUUAACAACAUUAAAUUAUUUAUUGGAAUAAAUAAAAAUUUAGUUAUUACUUAAUGAUUUGGAACAUAACAUUUAUAAAUAUUAAUAAAUCAAUAUAUAAAGGAUUAAAAUAUUGUUUUCAUUUAAUUCUAUAUUGAUUGAAAUUAUUAAUAAAAAUUAUUAAUAAAUUUAUAUUAAAGAAUUCAAACAACCAGUUGGUACGUACAUAUAUUUUUAAAUUAAUUAAAUUCAAAAAUUUAAAUUCCUCUAUUAUAUUAGUAGUAUUUUAAUAAAAAUGGAAUAACAAUGAUAUUUAAUUUAGAGAUGCUAACUGGCGGACAUUGGGAUCGGUUACGCGAAAAGAAAUUAUAUGUGUAGAUAAUUUGCAAUAAUAAAGAAGUUAUUAUAAAUAUGUUAUAAAGCAAUAUUAACAUACCAAUAUAUUGUUGCCAAUUUUCAAUUGUACAUAUAAUUAUCUUAGAAUCGUAAUGGAAAAAAAACAAAUUAAAUAAAAAUAAUAAAUUUCAAAUUAAAUUUUUUUUGAUUAGUAUAUAUAUUAAUUAAAAAUGGAAGAGAUAAAUACUAAGUAGGUAUGAUUCAUUUAAAUCUGAAUAAAAUUUAAAAUUUAUUAAUAAAACAAUUUUUUUAUAUAAAAUAAAUCUUUGAUGUUUUAUAAAGGUUUUAAAUAAAAUUAUAUUUUUAAAAAUACAUAAUAUAAUUUUUUCAAAAUUAAAAUUGUUCUUUUUAGCAUGUUGAAAAAAUAAACAAAUUGAUAAUAUCUUAAAAAAAUAAAUAAAAUUGUAAUUUAUGUUUUUAAAAUUACGAAUUGUUAUUUUAGGAAUAAAAAAUAAAUACAUGUAAUUUAUAGAAUCAAAUCUAAAAAUUAUUAAAAUUGAAAUAAGAAAACUUUAAUUUAUUUAAAUAUAUUAUUUUUUUUCAUAUAAUAUAUAUAUGAUUAUAUAAUAGGAAAGAAAUAAGAUUUAUAUUUAUUCUAAUAUUUAUUUAUAUUUUAUUUUAUAAACUUAAUUUUAGAAAAAAAAGAAAUAAAUAAUCAAAUAUUUACAUUAUUUUAAGAAAAAAUUUAAUCAAAAAAAUAACUUUAUAAAAAACAAAAUAAAUCUAAUAUUUAUAAAAUUUUUGUAAAUUGUUAGGGAAUUCUAUUUCUUAUAUGUUAAUAUUAAUAUUUAUAUUUAGUAAUAAUUAUUUAGAUGUUUUACAUCUAAUUACAUUACUAUAAUACGUUAUGUCAUAGAUGUCAUAUACGUUAUAAUUUUUUGUCUCAUGUAUUAGGUUGUACCACAUGAAGUUGCCAAUUUUAGAAUAAAUGAUAAUCAACUGCGAUUUGUAAACUCUACUUAACCUAUAUUUUGCUUAUCAUAUUUUGAUGUUAUCCUCUUAUAUUUCUUUUGUGUAAUAAAUUGUUUUUUAUAUUAAUUUAAUUGAAAAAUUAAUUUUUUGAAAAGUGAACAAUAUGGUUAUUAUUUCAAACGAAUUUAAAAUAUUAUUUUUGUAUAAAUUUAAACUCGAUCAUUGUGUAACUGAACUAUAUCGAAAUAUUAAAUUAACUUUCGGAGAAAAUUCUAUCAAUAAGAGGAUUGUUCGAUAGUGGUUUUAAAAAUUCAGGUCUGGAAAUGAGAAUCUUAAAAAUAAGUCUCGAAAUAGACCGAAAUUCAUAUUAAAUAAACUCGCAAAUUAAAAGUCAAAGUGAAAGUUAAUCCACAAACAAAUAUUCACAGAAUUAGGCAUAUCUUCAAUAACAAUUUUUAAACAUUUAAGUGCAAUGGAUAAAAUGAAAAAACUGGAAAAAUGGAUACUGCAUUGACAGAAGAUCAAAAAUGAUAUUUGGAAGUUCUUAACACAUAAAACUUAAAACAAUAGAAGUCUAUUUUUGAAUAGAAUUAUAAUCUGUGAUGAAAAAUAGAUACUAUAUGAUAAUACUAUACGAUCUGAAUAAUAGUUGAUCAUCGAAAAAAGUUAUAUAAUCUAUAAAGAGAGUAAUUCAUUAUUCUUUUUUGAAAUAAGGAAAUAUCAUAACAACAGUAUCCUACUGCCAAGAAAUAUGAUAUACAUCAGAAAUUGAUUAAGAAACAAUUCGCAUUAAUCAAUUCUUUUGCAUGACAAUGCUCGACUGCAUAUAUCACAAACUAUUCUAUAAAAAUUAGCUAAAUUGAAAUAUGAAAUUUUAAUCUAUCUACUAUACUUAUCAGUACUAUACUUAUUUCAUUAACUGAUUAUCACUUGUUUCGUCAUUUACAGUUAUUUUUAAAAAAUAAAAUAUUGGGUACUCGAAAAACUACAAUCGAAAAAUUUCUUUACACUAAAAUUAUAAAGUUUUAUAAAAAUGAAAUAUGUCAAUUGAGAAAAGAUAAUAAAAGCCGAUGGCUCAUAUUUUAAUUGAAUAAAAAUUAUAAUUUCGAAAAUAUUGUUUUUUUUCCGACUAAGAAAUUUCACGUGGUAUAACAUAAUUUUUAAUAUUUAAUUUCAUUAUCAGAUGGUAAGUCAAAUUUCUUUUAUGAAAAAACUUGUAUUAUUUUACUAAUUGAAAAUUAUAUUUAUUGCA